AUAUCAGGUGAUACAGAAAGUUCAGAAACAACCAACGGGCUGAAGGUUGAAGAUCAAGAAACUAUAAUUGAACUCAGUUCUAGUGAAGUUAUUACAGGGGAAGAUCCUUCUUCUGCACAACAACCAGAUAAAGAUGUUGAAGUAAAAGCCGAAGGGACAUCAGACUCAACAUAUGAAACAACAAACAGUGAAUCUAUGAGGAUAAGAGGGAAGAUCAUUCCUCCACCUGGUAAUGGUAAGAGGAUAUACGAAAUAGAUCCAAUGCUGAGUAGUCACCGCCAACAUCUUGAUUACCGGUAUGACCAGUAUAGAAAAUUGCGUGCAGCAAUUGACAAGAAUGAAGGUGGAUUGGAGCUCUUUUCUCGUGGUUAUGAGAAAUUUGGUUUUGUUCGCAGUGAGUCAGGUAUUACUUACAGGGAAUGGGCGCCUGGUGCCAAGUCAGCUGCACUUAUUGGAGAUUUCAAUAAUUGGAAUCCUAAUGCUGAUGUCAUGACUUGUAAUGAAUAUGGGGUUUGGGAGAUCUUCUUACCAAAUAAUGCUGAUGGGUCCCCGGCUAUUUCGCAUGGUUCUCGUGUGAAGAUUCGUAUGGAUACUCCAUCUGGCUUAAAAGAUUCUAUUCCAGCUUGGAUCAAGUUCUCUGUUCAGGCUCCUGGGGAAAUUCCAUACAAUGGAAUAUAUUAUGAUCCUCCAGAAGAGGAUAAGCAUGUUUUUAAACAUCCUCGUCCAAAGAAACCAAAAUCACUGCGGAUAUAUGAGUCUCAUGUUGGAAUGAGUAGUAAGGAUCCUGUUAUCAAUACAUAUGUAAACUUCAGAGACGAAGUGCUCCCUCGCAUUAAGAAACUGGGUUAUAAUGCUGUUCAGAUAAUGGCAAUUCAGGAGCAUUCAUAUUAUGCAAGUUUUGGCUACCAUGUGACAAAUUUCUUUGCGCCAAGCAGUCGCUUUGGGACUCCAGAUGAGCUUAAGUCUUUAAUAGAUAGAGCUCAUGAGUUGGGCUUGCUUGUUCUCAUGGAUAUUGUGCACAGUCAUGCGUCAAAUAAUACUUUGGAUGGACUGAACAUGUUUGAUGGCACUGAUGCCUGUUACUUUCACUCUGGAUCGCGGGGUUAUCAUUGGAUGUGGGAUUCUCGUCUUUUUAACUAUGGACAGUGGGAAGUUUUAAGGUUUCUUCUCUCCAAUGCAAGAUGGUGGUUGGAUGAGUAUAAGUUUGAUGGCUUCAGAUUUGACGGGGUAACAUCAAUGAUGUAUACCCACCAUGGUUUAGAGGUGGCAUUUACUGGGAACUACAACGAGUAUUUUGGAUUCGCAACAGAUGUUGAUGCAGUGGUCUAUUUGAUGCUGGUCAAUGAUAUGAUUCAUGGGCUCUUUCCUGAAGCUUUAGCGAUAGGUGAAGAUGUCAGUGGAAUGCCAGCCUUUUGUAUUCCUCUUGAAGAUGGAGGUAUUGGAUUUGACUAUCGUCUGCACAUGGCUAUUGCUGAUAAAUGGAUUGAGACUCUCAAGAAAAGGGAUGAAGAUUGGAAAAUGGGAGAUAUUAUACACACACUUACAAACAGAAGGUGGAUGGAAAAAUGUGUUGCUUAUGCAGAAAGUCAUGACCAAGCUCUUGUUGGUGAUAAAACUAUUGCAUUCUGGUUGAUGGAUAAGGAUAUGUAUGAUUUCAUGGCAUUGGAUAGACCAUCUACACCUGUCAUAGAUCGCGGAAUAGCAUUACACAAGAUGAUCAGGCUUAUUACAAUGGGAUUAGGUGGGGAAGGAUACUUAAAUUUUAUGGGAAAUGAAUUUGGACAUCCUGAGUGGAUAGAUUUUCCUAGAGCCGACCAACAUCUUCCUGAUGGCAAAGUGAUCCCAGGAAAUGGCUUCAGUUAUGACAAAUGCAGACGCAGAUUUGAUCUGGUAAGUUUUAAGGAAUUCAAUUACUUUUUCAAGUUGUUAGAUUCACUUGAGCAACUGGUACUUUGCUUGGACAUUCUGCUUAGCUUAGAUGAUUUGAUGGUCUCAAGAAAUAUUUGAGCAUCUAAGCAGGAGCUAGGACCUUACUAUUAAUGACAACAUUCGCCUGACUUAAGUUGAAGCAUGAAAGAUCUUUAGAAUAUGUGUGGCUUGUAUCCAGAGAGGUGGGGGAUGAUCACUAUCGUCGAUUAGAGUAAAAUCUCUACUCAAAAGCAGGUGAGAGAACUAGUGUAUGCUUCACUUCCUUAUAACUGGCAGAUUACGGUUGGGCUAAUGGCAUAAAACAUUUUUUAUCUUGAAAAGGUUCAGAUGUUUAGCCCUAAUGGGAUCUAUAAACAAGUUUUUAUUAAUAUAAUAAUGAGAGUUGCUGAGCGUACUGACAAAAUUAUGUUGAAAGAAUAUAGAUGUUGGUUUUAGAUGCAAGUGUUCAAGAUUUCUCUUUAGCAGCUUAUACUGUUCGAAACUGGUUAUGAGCUCACAGCACUAAUGCUAACAGCACCUAGAGAAUUUUUAAAAAGGUUUAUUGCUUUUGGAAUUCAAGACUCUUUUUUGUAUUAUUAAAAUAUUGACUUUCCUCCAUAUGCAAUUGUAAUAUCUUACAACCUGUGAAAAUAACUAUUAGAUUGAGCCCACAAUCUUGUUGUAUUAGUAUGAAUGUGUGAUUGCAAAGAUGACAAACUUUUCACAUAAUGUGAUAUAUUUUUGUAUAUACUUUCUUAGUUUUGUUCUAUGCUUCUCGACUUUGCCAACCUUUUUUUAUAAUAGUAAAUGAAUGACAUUCAGCAUACAUGAAGUAUGCAUUGAGAAAAACUGCUCCUCUACAUGUUGAAUACGAAACCGCUAAUUAAGUAUCCAGCACAAUAUGAAAAUGAUAAAGACUUCAGAAAUAUGGCAUAAUCUUUGAAGAUCCAUGAUGAGAGAAAAUAGACAAAUAAUACAUCUUAUCGUGCAAUGAAAAGGUGAAAGAUGGAUCACAGCAUGUUGCGGCUUGUUAGUAUGGGCCUAGGUCUAGGCCUACAGAUACAAAUAAAAGCGCUUUACCAAUUAGGUUGCUCUCUCUUACUGUUGCAUUAUGUCAACCAACUACUUAUAUGGUUGAUAUUGUAGGAAUACUAAGGCUAAAAAGUAGCCCUAAGCCUCUCAAAAGUACAUUUUUUGCAAGUUAAUUUACCUUCUAUAUUGUCUUAAUGUAAAUGAUGAAUUUAGUAUAAAUACAGUGAGAUCCUAUGUUGAAUAAUCCAUUUUGUCGGACAUUCUUUGUGAAAGAUAUUUUGUGGAACACACUGUCGUGUUGCAUCAUCUUUGGGAGAGCCCUG